AUGGCUGUACACAACAACGACCCGGACCCCUCUAAGAACCUGCCCCCUCCAUCCGACAUCGAAGGGCAGUGGGACUUCUUUGAAGAUGUCGAUGACAGGAUGCCGCAGUUCAACGGCAGCAAUCUGUCCUCUGUCCAGCUCGCGGGCACCACUGCCGACGGCGGUGGAUCGGGAACUGCCAUGGCGGAUGCCACCGCCCAGAUGGGCCGGAUGGACAUUGGCAACAUGAAGCCCAACUUCGACCUCGAGGGGGACUACGAGAUGACCCACUACGCCGGGUCAAACAACAGUGGGCCUUCGGUCGGGAGCGGCGGCGUGGAGACCGACCAUUUCCGUCCCGCUCCUGCCGUCCAGGGUUCCACGGCCCCGGGGCCACCUCAGCUGACUACCGAACUGCUCGGGAUCCACACCCGGCAGACCGGCCUCUUGUACACUUAUCCCGACAGCCCCGGAGGCUGGGUUCAGCGCACCCGCCUUUCAUUCUUGGAGGAUCCCAUGACUCGCCAUCGCUCCACGAGCCCCAGGGCCGUCAAGAAGGCCCCGACAAGCAUCUUGAGCGAGGCAAGUUCCGCCUGGAUCCCUGUUCCCUCGCCGGAUAGCGACAUUGACGUUGCGGGCGCCGGGGAGUGGGCAAAGGACACUCCAGCCCCACCUCAUCACCGCCGCCGUCGACGCUAUUAA